GAGCUCGGGGUGGGCGCGCCGGGUCCGCCCGGAAGCUGCUGUCAUGGUGGCCCCCGUGGUGUACCUCGUGGCGGCCGCCCUGCUGGCCGGCCUUAUCCUCUUCUUGACUCGCAGCCGACGCCGCGCGGCAGCAGCCAGCGGAGAACCACAGCAUCAUGAAGAAGAGCCAGUUGGAACACGCCGGGAGGUCCAGCCUGGGCAUCAGGAGUCUGAGGGCAGGCCCAGGCGCCGGAGGGACCUGGGCAGCCGCCUGCUGGCCCAGCGUCGAGCCCAUCGGAUGGCCCAGGCAGAGGUGGAUGAGGACGAAGAGGAGGUAGUCCCAGCCCAGGAGGAAGAGGGCAUUGAGAAGCCAGUGGACACUCACCUGUCAGGAAAAAUUGGUGCCAAGAAACUACGGAAGCUGGAGGAGAAACAGGCUCGAAAAGCCCAGCGGGAGGCAGCGGAGGCUGAGCGCGAGGAGCGGAAGCGCCAGGAGUCCCAGCGUGAGGCCGAGUGGAAGAAGGAGGAGGAGCGGAAGCGCCUGGAGGAGGAGCAGCAGGAGGAGGAGGAGAGGAAGGCUCGGGAGGAGCAGGCCCAGCGGGAGCACGAGGAGUACCUGAAGCUGAAGGAGGCCUUCGUGGUGGAGGAGGAGGGCGUGGGCGAGAGCAUGACCGAAGAAGAGUCGCACAGCUUCCUGGCGGAGUUCAUCAGUUACAUCAAGCAGUCCAAGGUGGUGCUCUUGGAAGACUUGGCGUCCCACGUGGGCCUGCGGACUCAGGACACCAUCAACCGCCUCCAGGAUCUGCUGGCAGAGGGCACCCUGACAGGUGUGAUUGACGACCGGGGCAAAUUCAUCUACAUCACCCCGGAGGAACUGGCGGCUGUGGCCAACUUCAUCCGACAGCGGGGCCGCGUCUCCAUCACUGAGCUUGCCCAGGCCAGCAACUCCCUCAUCGCCUGGGGCCAGGAGCCCCCCAUCCAGACCCCAGCCUGACCUGAGCCUCCUUUCCUCUGGGACCCUGAGCUGACUUGGUCUGCCUGGCAAAACACCCUCCUGUUCCUCACCAUCCUCGACAGUGACAGAUUAAAGAGCCAGAAGUUCAUCUGAA